AUGACAGUUCGCUACAGCCAGAAACCUAUCAAUCUGUUCCGAGGAUGGCCUCAUCCCUCCUUACACCCAACGACUGCCCUCUCUGACGCAUCGACAGCCGUCCUCGGUUCACCUACCCUCUCCGAUCCAGCUUUAGGCUAUGGCCCCGACGAAGGAGAUCCCUCUCUGCGCAAGGAGAUUGCGAGAUGGCUGACUGCCUUUUAUGAGCCGCGGGAAGCUGUGGAGGCAAACCGCAUAGUGAUAUCAGGAGGUGCGAGUCAGAAUCUGGCCUGUGUGCUGCAGGUGUACUCUGACCCGGUGUAUACGCGGAAUAUAUGGUUGGUGUCACCGACGUAUUAUCUUGCGUGCGGGAUAUUCGAGGAUUCUGGGUUCGGAGACAAGAUGAGGGCCGUCAGAGAGGACGCAGAGGGUAUCGACCUCGAGUUCCUGGAGAGGGAGAUGAGGAAGAGCGAGGAACGGGCUGUGGCCGACGGAAACCUGGCACCCAAGUCCAAACUUCCGAAGCCAUGGCGCAAGAUAUACAAACACGUCAUCUAUGCGACGCCUACCUUCUCCAACCCAUCUUCGAGGAUCAUGUCUCUACGCCGGCGGACACAGCUUGUCCGUCUGGCUCGACAGUAUGACGCACUCGUGGUGACGGACGACGUCUACGACUUUCUACAGUGGCACAGCGACCCGUCAUCCUCGCAACCACAGCGUACUACCGCCGUUGCACCGCGCCUGGUUGACAUUGACCGCUUCCUGGAUGGAGGGCCAUCGGACGAGUUUGGACACUGCAUGAGUAACGGGAGCUUUAGCAAACUUCUCGGCCCGGGUUGUCGAGUGGGCUGGGCAGAGGGGACAGAGAAGUUUGUGUACGGCGUUGGGCAGACGGGCUCGACGAGAUCUGGCGGUGCUCCAUCACAGCUGACAUCCACCUUCAUCCGCCGCCUCCUCUCCGGCGGGUUCAUCCAGUCUUACAUCCCAGAGGUCCUCUGCCCCGCGUACUCGAGGCGGUAUCACAUCCUCAGCUCGGCGAUCGAAAAGUAUCUCAACCCGCUUGGUGUGACUGCUAUCAAACCUCUUUCCCCAGAUAAUGCCUCAUCAUCUUCUUCGUCUCCUGCGACAGAGGACAUUCCCAGCGACGUCUCAGGCGGCUACUUCUUCUGGCUCCGUCUCCCUCCCGGAGUUGAGUCAGACAGAGUCGCAAAAGUCGCGGCAGAAGAGCUAAACCUGAAGAUAGCGGAGGGAGAGAAGUUCAAGGUCACUGGCGCGGCCGCAAAGCCAGACUAUGAGGACACCAAUGAGCCCCUAGAGGGCUUUGUGCGGAUCUGUCUGGCAUACGUGGACGAGGAUGUGUUGGAGGAAGGGAUCCAGAGGCUUGCACAGGCUGUUGAAAGGGCGCAGCCUUCCAAGGCAACUGGUGGGGGACUCGCCCUUUGA